CUUUCUAAAAGGUGUCUCCAGGAGCUCACAAUCAACAAUCCAUCUUUCACGACCAAUUCAUUUCCUUCCUCUAUUUCGCUGCGUUCUCUCGUGGCUCUCAUCAGUCCCUUCGUCGAUCCACGCUCUUUUGUGCCUAGGUUCUUUUCCCUCGAACGACCAGCGAGUCAAGUGCAUUUGGGAUUGCAUGAGGCCGCAGGGGGCCGGUCGCAAUCAUGGCGCUUCCUAUCAAGUUUACUGAGGUGGUCCAGUUGACGAACCUUGAUAUCGCGCCACAGUCCAUAUCCUUCAACACUUGUACACUAGAGUCUGAUCACUUUGUUUGCGUGCGGCAAAAACUUAAUGAACAAGACAAGCCUCAAGUGAUAAUUGUAAACCUCAAGAACAACAAUGAAGUCAUUAAACGCGCUAUCAGCGCGGAUAGUGCUAUCAUGCAUUUCUCCCGCGAGAUCCUUGCCCUCAAGGCCCAAGGCAGAACCAUCCAAGUUUUCGAUCUCGGAGCGAAAGCCAAGUUGAAGUCUACUGUCAUGAACGAGGAUGUUGUCUUCUGGAAGUGGUAUAGCGAACGCAGCUUGGGUCUGGUCACUGACACAUCAGUCUAUCACUGGGAUGUUUUUGACCCUACACAAAAUGCUCCGGUCAAGUUGUUCGAGCGCAACGCCAAUCUGAAUGGUUGCCAGAUUAUCAAUUACCGUGUCAAUGACGACGAGCAGUGGAUGGUCGUUGUUGGUAUUUCCCAAAGAGAAGGACGAGUCGCAGGGACAAUGCAGCUCUAUUCACGCAACCGUGGCAUCUCUCAACACAUUGAAGGCCAUGCCGCAGCUUUCGGCACCUUCCAUGCCGAAGGCAAUCCGCUUCCCCACAAACUCUUCACCUUCGCAGUUCGCAACGCUGCUGGCCAAGGCAAACUGCACGUUGUUGAGAUCGACCCCAGCGAAGGCAACACGCGCUUCACGAAGAGAGCGGUUGAUGUCUACUUCCCCGAUGAGGCUGUCAACGACUUCCCUGUUGCCAUGCAGGUGUCCAAGAAAUACAGCGUCAUCUACAUGAUUACCAAAUACGGUUUCAUCCAUCUCUACGAUCUGGAGACGGCUACUUGCAUCUUCAUGAACCGUAUCUCCAGCGAGACCAUCUUCGUUACCAGCCCUGACUCCGAGUCAGCCGGUAUCGUCGGUAUCAAUCGGAAAGGUCAGGUCUUGUCUGUCACCGUUGACGAGAAUACGAUCAUCCCCUACCUGCUCCAGAACCCUGCCAAUUCGACGCUGGCUGUCAAACUCGCGUCGAGAGGGGGUCUGCCCGGAGCCGACAACUUGUAUCAGCAACAAUUUGAAACUCUGUUUUCGCAAGGGAACUACGCCGAAGCAGCUCAAAUUGCAGCUGAUUCUCCGAGAGGCUUCCUGAGAACUCCAGAAACCAUCAACCGUUUCAAGAACGUACCUCAGCAGCCAGGACAACUCUCGGUGAUCUUGCAAUACUUCGGCAAGCUGCUUGACAAAGGGAAGCUCAACAAGUACGAAAGCGUCGAGUUGAUCAAGCCUGUUUUAGCCCAGAACCGGAAGAAUCUGCUAGACAAGUGGAUGAGCGAAGGCAAGCUAGAAUCAUCGGAAGAACUUGGAGAUAUCGUUCGGCUGCAUGACUUAGAGCUUGCUUUGAAAAUCUACCGAGAAGCAAAUGUGCCACCCAAGGUUGUGGCAGCAUUGGCUGAAACUGGUCGGUUCGAGGAGAUCUUGCCAUAUGCUCGGGAGGUCGGUUAUCAGCCAGACUUCACCAGCUUGUUGCAACACAUUGUGCGUGCCAAUCCGGAGAAAGGGGCGGAAUUUGCGAGUCAGCUAGCCAACAAUGAAGCUGGCCCACUGGUCGACAUUGAUAGAGUCGUCGAUGUCUUCAUGUCUCAAAACAUGAUCCAACAAGCAACUGCUUUCCUACUGGACGCUCUUAAGGGGAACCGUGAGGAGCAAGGCCACCUUCAAACUCGACUGUUGGAGAUGAAUCUUCUCAACGCGCCUCAGGUGGCAGACGCCAUUCUCGGAAACGAGAUGUUCUCAUAUUACGACAAGACCAGAAUUUCUCGUCUUUGUGAACAGGCUGGCCUGCUUCAACGUGCUCUCGAGAACACUGAUGACCCGACAUCCAUCAAGCGCAUCAUCGUGCAGACCGACAAGCUCAAUCCUGAAUGGCUCCAACAAUACUUCGGCCGCAUGGGCGUCGAUCAGUCUCUGGAAUGCAUGGACGAGAUGCUGAAGACCAACAUUCGUCAAAAUCUAUCCUCCGUGGUGCAAAUCGCUACUAAAUACUCGGACUUGCUGGGUCCAAGCCGUCUUAUCGCUCUCUUCGAGAAGCAUCGCACUGCUGAAGGUCUCUACUACUACCUCGGAAGCAUUGUCAACCUCAGCGAAGAUGGCGAUGUUGUCUUCAAGUACCUCGAGGCCGCCGUCGCGAUGCAGCAGUUCCAAGAAGUAGAGAGAAUUUGCCGUGAGAACAAUCACUACAAUCCAGAGAAGGUGAAGAAUUUCCUGAUCGAAGCACGACUUGCCGAGCAACUUCCAUUGAUCAUUGUUUGCGACCGGCACAAUUUCGUGAAGGACUUGAUCAACUACCUCUACCGCAACCAACAAUACAAAUCUAUUGAGGUGUACGUUCAACGUGUUAACCCGGGACGGACCCCUGCCGUCGUUGGAGCACUGCUCUCUCUAGAUUGUGAGGAGUCCGUGAUCAAGAAUCUCUUGUCCUCAGUUGACCCCACUGCCGUUCCAAUGGACGAGCUUGUCGCGGAAGUUGAGAAGCAAAACCGACUCAAGAUCUUGCUACCUUUCCUCGAAUCGACAUUGGCGCAAGGAAACCAGCAGCCUGCAGUGUACAAUGCUUUGGCGAAGAUCUACAUCGACUCCAAUCAUAACCCAGAGGCAUUUUUAAAGGAGAACGAUCUCUACGACACCCUGACAGUCGGAAAAUACUGCGAAAAGAGAGAUCCCAAUUUGGCAUACAUUGCCUACCGAAAGGGACAGAACGAUAUUGAGCUCAUCAACAUCACGAAUGAAAACUCGAUGUUCCGCGCGCAGGCUCGCUACUUGCUCGAGCGCGCUGAUCCCGAAAUCUGGGCAUUCGUCCUUGGUGAGAACAAUGACUCUCGCCGUUCUCUCGUAGACCAAGUCAUUGCAACAGCGGUGCCUGAGUCCAACGAGCCUGAUAAAGUCUCCGUAGCCGUCAAGGCCUUCUUGGAUGCCGAUUUGCCAGCUGAACUAAUCGAGUUGCUCGAAAAAAUUAUCCUGGAACCCUCGCCGUUCAGCGAUAACAGCAGUCUGCAGAACUUGCUGUUGCUUACCGCUGCGAAGGCUGACAAGUCUCGGCUCAUGGACUAUAUUCACCGCUUGUCCGAAUUCAACACCGAAGAGAUUGCAAACAUGUGCAUUCAACAAGGUUUGUAUGAGGAAGCUCUCGAGAUCUACAAGAAAGUCAACGACCAUAUCUCUGCCGCUAAUGUGCUCGUCGAUCAUAUUGUCAGCAUCGAUCGCGCUCAGGAAUAUGCUGAAAAUGUCGACCUGCCGGAGGUUUGGAGCAAAGUUGCCAAGGCACAGCUUGAUGGCCUCAGAGUGAGCGACGCCAUCGAGUCAUACAUCAAAGCUCAAGACCCAAGCAACUACAACGAGGUCAUUGAGACAGCUAGCCACGCUGGCAAAGACGAGGAUCUAAUCAAGUUCCUCAAGAUGGCGCGGAAGACUCAGCGAGAACCAGCGAUCGAUACUGCUCUUGCUUUCUGCUAUGCUAGACUCGACCAAUUGCCCGAGCUUGAGGACUUCUUGCGUUCUCCCAAUGUGGCUAAUAUCGAAGCCAGUGGUGACAAGGCUUACGAAGAAGGCUACCAUCAAGCCGCCAAGAUCUUCUUUACCAAUAUAUCCAAUUGGGCGAAACUGGCUACUACACUCGUCCACCUGGGCGAAUAUCAGAAUGCGGUCGACUGUGCUCGCCGUGCUAACAGCGUCAAGGUGUGGAAGCAGGUGAACGAAGCCUGCGUAGCCAAGAAGGAAUUCCGCCUUGCUCAAAUCUGUGGCCUUAACCUCAUCGUGCACGCUGAAGAACUUCAGGAUCUUGUCAAGCAGUAUGAGCGUGAGGGAUACUUCGAGGAGCUGAUUUCAUUGUUGGAAGCAGGCCUUGGCCUAGAACGAGCUCACAUGGGCAUGUUCACCGAGCUUGGAAUUGCUCUUUCCAAAUAUCACCCAGAUCGGGUGAUGGAGCAUCUUAAGCUGUUCUGGUCACGCAUCAACAUCCCCAAGAUGAUUCGUGCCUGCGAAGAGGCGCAUCUCUGGCCCGAACUCAUCUUCCUGUACUGCCAUUACGACGAAUGGGACAAUGCUGCAUUGGCCAUGAUGGAGCGUGCCGCCGAUGCGUGGGAACACCACUCGUUCAAAGACAUCAUUGUCAAGGUGGCCAACUUGGAAAUCUACUACCGUGCUCUGAACCAUUAUCUGCAGGAGCAACCGCUGUUGUUGACCGACUUGCUGCAAGCUCUGACGCCUCGCAUCGAUGUCAACCGAGUGGUCCGAAUGUUUGAGAAGUCGGAUAACAUCCCCAUCAUCAAACCAUUCUUGCUCAACGUCCAAGGUCAGAACAAGCGCGUCGUCAACAACGCGAUCCACGAUCUGCUCAUCGAAGAGGAAGAUUACAAAAUCUUGAAAGACUCGGUGGAGAACUACGACAACUAUGAUGCAGUCGAGCUUGCUCAGCGCCUUGAGAAGCACGACCUUGUCUUUUUCCGACAGAUUGCCGCGCAGAUUUACCGCAAAAACAAGAGAUGGGAGAAAUCGAUUGCUCUGUCCAAGCAAGAUAAGUUGUUCCGUGAUGCGAUCGAGACUGCUGCCAUUUCGGGCAAGCCGGAGGUGGUGGAAGAUUUGCUGAGAUAUUUCGUCGACAUUGGCAGUCGCGAGUGUUAUGUCGGUAUGCUUUAUGCGUGCUAUGACCUGAUCCCAUAUCACACUGUGAUGGAGAUCUCAUGGCGACAUGGACUGAAUGACUUCACGAUGCCAUUCAUGAUCAGCUACAUGAGCCAACAGGCAGCCACGAUUGAGCAACUACGAAAGGACAACGAAGAGCGCAAGGCGAGAGAAGCUAGCCAGCAAAAGACCGAGGACAAUACUCCGAUCAUUGGCAGCCGGUUGAUGUUGACCCAGGGCCCAGGUAACAUGGCACCGCAGCCUACGGGCUAUGCAGCCACCAAUGGCAUUACACCUCAAGCGACCGGAUUCCCUCGGGCAUUCUAAAAGGCUGACGCUAUGGUAAUCCGGGGAAGUGGUCGGGAGUAUUCGGGGUUGAGGGGAUGUCGGAGCGAAGAGCGGCGCGACAAAUAAUCGGAAAGGACAUAUAUGUGCGAGUAGAAACAUUCUGGCGGGAAAGAAUAAUGGAUGUGGACGACAGACAUCGGAGAUGCGAUUGAUCUUCGUGGCAUAGCUUUUUUCGGUGUAAGAUGUACUAGAGGCUUGAGGCUUGAGGCUCAAUAAGUGUGAGCGCUUCUCCGGUGAAUGCAUGUGGGAGCUUCAAGCAGCCAACCAAAAUUAUUCUUUGUGGGAGAUAAGCGAAUGACAACAACGUAUCACUGCCAAAUGGCAAUCAUGGCACUGAUAAAAGUCGAUGGUCGCAUGUCCCAGAUCUACAAGGAUGAGUUCAUGGGUGUGAAUGGGCUAAUCAUGGAAAAGAUCACGCCCAGCCACAGGCGGGGAGCGUGUAUCCGUAUUCUUGGACGACUUCACUACUACUCAGAUAGCUCGGCCACGCUCUGCCCUUAUCUAUGGUGCUGUUGAGCUGUGACGUGAUGUAGUGACGUUUGUUCUACAUUCAGCCACGAAGGAGAAGAUAGCAGAGGAAGUAAAGACUUGGUGGGCAGUGAAGGAGGAGUGCAGCCCAUCUUUCAGGGAAGCGAGUUCUCUCUCGGCUUGUCUGUCUCUAUGAACCAAGAAAAAC